CAUCGAUGUUCUCUCAGCUCUAGUUCCAUGACGCUUGAAUUUUAGCGGACAAACUCAAAAAAGAAACAGCAAAAUCGGGCGACGCUUGCCGGAAAAUUAGUAAAUCCUUCGAAGAUCAGGCAGUUUUAACCUUUAAACCGGGAACCAGGAAGAAGCCGAGUCCGCCGCCAAGAUGCCGCGCACCAAGAUACCAAAGAACUCGAAGCGCAACCGCGAGGUGGCCAAUCGCGAGGAGAAGCUGCGCUUGUACGAGCUGAAAAUGGACUCUCGCCUGAUCAGCAUCGAUACGCUGGAGACCAAGUUCCUGUCCGCCGUCGACCACCAGGUGAAGACGCUGCUCAGCCAGGUGCAGCGGGAGCUGGCCGACCUCAAGAUGCCCGAGGUGCUGCGACUGUUCGGGGAGCUGGACCGCUUCAGCGACUUCAAGGCCAGCGAUCAGACGCAGCUGCUCGCCUCGAUGUCCAUGAGCGGCAGCGCCACCGACGGCCGCGCCCCCUCCGCUACAGGGAGUCGCAAUGACGAAGGCUACCUUACAGAGGACAGCAGCAUCGGGGCCAGCGGCGGCAGCAUCCUGGCCGCCCACACUGGCUCCCUGUUGCGGUCCACGAAGGCCAUGCGGACCCCGGGACCGCUGCACUCGGCCAGGGCCCGUCGAGCCCGCCGCAGUCGAUCCGCCUGCGGUGAGCUGAAUGUCCUGCACUCGGCCAAACCGCCGUCCAUCUCGAGCGGAGCAAAUAGCAGUCGAAACUCGCGCAGCAAGUUGCGCACACCGAUGGCCUCGCGCACAAAGGCCUUCAGUGCCGAUCGCACGCCACUGGCACAGAAGCAGAUUCGCUCCGGAUCGCCAACCACUCCGCCGAUGGCCUUCCUGCGCUAUCCCAAGCCCGGCGAGGUGGCCCUCUCCAAGUUCGGCAGCCCCAUGGUGGCCCAAGUAAUGCCAGACAAGUUCGCCAAUGUGAACAUACCCAUUCGGAACGGAGUACUCAGCUUGCGGCCCAAGAAACUGGAUGCCGGCGAGGUCGAGUCAAAUCUUCUGGAGAACCUGGACGAGGACACCCUCAACCAGAUCAAAACGCUGCACGAGAACUUGCAGAUGAUCGUGAAUAAGGCCAGCCAGGCGGGAUUCAAGUAGUUGCCAAUUCAAAUUCUUAUCUAGAUAUAAUUCUAUAUCAUAUAUUUUAGUACGUUUCGUUUAAGUUCAGUUUUCACCAUACUUUCAAGUAGUUCAAGUACUUUGUCUUCAUUUAUAAAAAUCUGUAUCGUAUUAGCAUAAGUUUCAAUACACGUAUAUAUUCAUUGUUCAUCCAA